CUUUUUUUAACGGCCACAUUUAAACAUAGAAAUACAUCAGAUAUGGAACACAUUCUCACAACGUCCCACUUAAAUUCGAAAAACGUAUGAAUGAAUUUGCAAAAUAUAUUUAUUGCUGGAGACGGUGGUUGUGGUGGUGAUGGAACGCUUUCAUUAGAAAGCAGACUUUUCAUGUUCAAAAAAUAGAAUAAAAAUCCAGUUUGCCUCUACCCUCAAAUAUGGUGUGUAUAUAAUGCAAUACCACACGUGGCUUUUCUGACAGACACAGAUAGCUCCAGUCAAGACAAUGAAAAUGAAUACAACAAUUAAUAGACUUUACCAUCAAACAGCAGGGUGCGUCGUCUUCGUGUGGCACUCCUUGUAAAAGCAGUUCAUACGUGUAUUUGUUAUAGCGGAAAAUCAUUGACGGAAAAAGGCGAACAAGAAAAAUAUCUGAAUAAUUAUAUAUCCAUUUCCAAUUUCAGUUCCAGUUGUGUGUAUGAAAUUGUUCCGAAAAGGUCACUUCAAAUUUGUUGUGUAAACAAAUAGCCUCUAUAUUCUGAGGAAACCACUUAAUCGAAGCACUAAAAUAGAAAGCUCGUGCCAUUUAAAUUUUGAUUGAACGGAAAAUGGAUGGGAUUAUCGAAGAACCGGAGUGGUUGGAGAAAGAUACUGGCUUGUGGGACUUGAAAGUUUGGCAUCUGAUAUUCAUCUGUUUUAGUGGUGUGGCCAGCGUCACCAUAAUGCUGUGCUGUUGUAUUCGCUUUCGAAUACCACGAACGAAGCAAGAGAUCGAGGCCGAUUUUCAGCGAAGGAAAAUUGCUAAAAAAUUCCGUGAACAUCUAGCGUGCAUAAAAAACUCGGAGAUGGAUGACAUGGAUUUGCAAAAAGCGUUAGAGCGAAUUCGUCAGGAUUUCUUAUCAGAUACACAACAAGCAAUUAAUAACAUUGAAAUGCGAAGUUCGAUGGAAAACAUUACCAAUAAAAAGGACCAACACAGUAAACUUGGAGCAGGUGUUUAGUGCACAGUAUUUUACAAAUCUUAUCAUUCAAUAAUCUAUUUUAGUGCAAUGUAUUGUUACAUUUUGUUUAAUUAAAGUGAUUUUAAUUAUUCGAAUACUAUUGUA